AUGGCAAAUAAGUAUAAAGUAUGUGUACUCGGAUCUGGAGCAUUUGGAACCGCUAUGGCUCAUUGUGCUAUCAACAAUCCAUACAUUGGACGAGUUCAAAUCUAUGCAAGGAACCAAGCCAUUGUAGAGUCCAUCAAUCAAGAACACAGGAAUCCCAAGUUUCUCAGUAACUUCACCUUGCAUCCUGAUAUCACUGCCACUACCGACCUUUAACAAGCCCUCUACCAGGCCAAUUAUGUGCUUAGUUGCAUUCCAACCCAGGAGCUCCACCAAUUCGUUUAGGCCAACAAACAGUACAUAGACACCAAGGUUCCCUUCGUCUCCUGUUCUAAGGGCAUAAUCUUAAAGUCUGGAAAACUGAUCUCCCAAAUGUUGAGUGAAGAAUUCGAUGGCAAAUUAAGAUAUGCCUGUCUGAGUGGUCCCUCCUUUGCUGCAGAGCUUAUGUAAAAUAACCCAUCAUGUGUUGUAGUAGCUAGUCAAGAUGUUAAGACUUCUAAAUUAGUCUAAUUAGGAUUGUCAGGAAAUUUCUUAAGAAUCUUCUCUUAAAGUGACGUUGUGGGUGUUGAAUUAGCAGGAGCGUUGAAGAAUUUGGUGGCUAUAGGCACAGGCGUAUUAGAUGGUGCUGGAUUUGGAAUCAACACCUAAACAGCCUACGUUACUAGGAGUGUUGGAGAAAUGCAGAGAUUUGCUAGAAUUUAUGGGGCCUCAAAACAUACUUUUUAUGGUCUGGCUGGAUUUGGGGAUCUUAUGUUGACAAGUUUUGGAUCUUUAAGCAGAAAUAGAGCAUUUGGCAUUAAAGUAGGAAAAGGAGAAAAAGUCGAAGAUAUCUUAAGUGAGUCAAAAGGAGUGGUCGAAGGAUGGCCUACUUUAGAACUGGUGUAUAAACAAGCUCAAGAAAAUAACAUUGAAAUGCCUAUGACACUCAUUUUGCAUGACUUUAUUAAAAGAAAAUAUUCUAAAGAGUAGAGUAUCCAAAUGUUGAUGAAUAGAGCAUUUUAAGAUGAAUUUGAACCAACAUUUGAGGAUUUAUUAUGA